CUCAUUGACUCCAUACAAAUAAAAGUUAACGUUUAUCGACAAAAAGACAAAUCUAAGAUGAGUAUAAAAGAUAUUAAAGAUCCCAGCGGCAAGGUGGUAAUGCAGGUUGUGGAAUAUGACGGAUUUCUAUUUCCUGUCAGCAUCAUGGGGGGCAUAGUGGAACAAAUGAAACAGUUAAAUGAUAUGCCAUUCAGGGACAGCGAUGUCUGUGUGAUUUCAUACCCCAAGUCUGGGACGCAUUGGUGCUAUGAAGUGGUGGACAUGUUACGAAAUAAGUCUUCAGAGUAUCACGACAAAGUGCCACCUCUCAUAGAAAUGUUCCCCGUAGAGAAACUCAAGCAGGUGACAGAUGGUGUUUAUGUGUCCCAUUUGGUACCUCGACACAUGCCGAAAGACUUCAUGGACAAGAAAUGUAAAAUCGUCAACAUCUACAGAAAUCCAAAAGACGUCAGUGUGUCUAUGUUUAAUUUCAUCAAGAAGACGAAAGCUGGAGAACUGAUGAAAGACAUGGAAUUUGACGUCUUCUUCGAUAUGUACAUCACCGGACAACUUAUUGGAGGUUCUUGGGCAGGAUAUUUACAAGAAUGGACCAAUUUCCAGGAAGAUAAUCCAUCGUACCCUCUCUUAAAUCUCUGCUACGAAGACAUGAAAAAGGAUCUUAAAACACACGUAAAAAAGAUUGCCGUCUUCCUGAAUCUGGACACGAGUGACGAACUGAUCAGUGAAAUUGCGAAUAAGUGCGAGUUUAAAGCAAUGUCAACAUACAAGAACAGCCACGUCCCCGCGUCCAUGAGCAUUAUGACUGAUGUAAAAGACACACAUAUACUGUACAGAAAAGGUAAAUCAGGGGAUUGGAAGAAUUGGCUGAAAGUUGCCCAGAGUGAGGCAGUGGAUGCAUUGGUAGAGGCCGCAAAAAUCCCUUUUGAAAUCAAGUACACCUAAAGAACGAUCAAAGUGAAAUGUUGAAUGAAGACAAAAUCAAACUUAAUACAUAUAUAUUAUAAAACAGUGAGACAUUGCAUGGACUUUAGGCAGGAAGAUAUAGAUAAUAGAUCUACCUCACCGUUACUACAGAAAACGAAGAAGCCGUAUCAAGGAGAAGAGACAUGAAUCUCAACAAUUUACUAAAAUGUCUGAAAAUUACAAUGUACAAUGGACUUAAAGGACACAGAAAUAUCAUUUUUCAUCACUGAGAUGUGUAUUCAUUGCUGUACUGUUAUAUAUCAUUUUGGAGUCAGACUAUUGAUAUAAGGGAUCUUCCUUGAGAUCUAUACUUCAAAUGUAUCUUUUUACAAAGUAUUGUGCAUUAUACCUUAAAGUAAGCGCUUGUUAAUAUACAUGUAUUCCAUAUACAUUUAUUUAGAGGCAGCAUAGAUUUGGUUUACAUGGAUAUGUGUUGAUGAUACAUGUAUAUUUCAAUAAACAUCUUUUUAAUCAUA